AUGAUGUCGUAUUUAAAGCAACCCCCUUACACAGUCAACGGCCUCAGCUUAACCACUUCCGGCAUGGACCUUCUGCAUCCAUCCGUGGGUUAUCCAGCGACGCCGCGGAAGCAGAGGCGAGAAAGGACUACUUUUACGCGCGCACAGCUCGACAUUUUGGAGGCGUUGUUCGGCAAAACUCGAUAUCCGGACAUAUUCAUGCGCGAGGAGGUGGCGCUGAAAAUCAAUCUACCUGAGUCCCGAGUCCAGGUCUGGUUUAAGAACCGGCGGGCAAAGUGUCGCCAGCAGCAGCAGCAGCAGCAGAACGGAGGCCAGAACAAGGUGCGACCUGCCAAGAAGAAAAGUUCCCCCACCAGAGAAGUGAGCUCAGAGAGCGGGGCCAGCGGACAGUUCACGCCCCCCGCCAGCACCACCACAGUCCCCGCCAUCCCCACCAGCACCGCCCCGGUGUCCAUCUGGAGCCCGGCGUCCAUCUCUCCGCUCUCGGACCCGCUGUCUACCUCCUCCUCCUCGUGCAUGCAGAGGUCUUACCCCAUGACUUACACCCAGGCCUCGGGCUACAGCCAGAGCUACGCCGGCUCCACGUCCUACUUCGGCGGCAUGGAUUGCAGCUCUUACCUCACUCCCAUGCACCACCAGCUGUCAGGCCCGGGCUCGACACUCAGCCCGAUGAGCACGAACGCGGUCACGAGCCACCUGAACCAGACCCCGGCGUCCCUCCCCACGCAGGGCUACGGGACGUCCGGCCUGGGCUUCAACUCCACAGCGGACUGCCUGGAUUAUAAGGACCAAGCCGCGUCGUGGAAGCUGAACUUCAACGCAGAUUGCUUGGAUUAUAAGGAUCAAACUUCCUCGUGGAAAUUCCAGGUCCUGUGAACAGAGCAAUCAGACAAACACAAGUGCACAAACAGUGAAGACCACACACAUCAGGCACAGCGCUGCAAACGCCACCCCU